GACCCGAACUGGGCCCUCAUCUUGAAUGGCCCUUCCCCACGCGCUAGGGUGUCUUUCCCCAUUCCUCCUUCUGGUCGUCCCUAUGCGCCCAUUUAUCGUACUUUCCAGUUUCCAUAAAAUGACGCUUAUUUGAAUGCUGCCCGGGUCCUCAGGACGCACGCCUAAGUGAAGCUGCUCAAUGCUCCUCUCAGGCUCCAGCUUUCCUGGAGCACCUCUGGAUGUCAGGACCCUACCCAGUCCUCCGCGGUUCCCAGAGGAUGCCCGCCUGUGGGUACUCAGGUACCCCACUGCUAGGCGGCCUCUGAAGGCGCACCUCUUCCAUCCCGGCCCAUUCUCUGUCUGGUUUCACCGACCUGGCAGCAGGGAAGCUCUCCCCAGUAUGAUCUUGGUUCAGAUACCCAUUGAUUGGGUUCUUGACGGAAAGGGCAGUGGAUGGGGAGCGGGGGGGGGGGGGGGGGGGGGGAGGGGUUCCCUCCCCUUGGUGCUGUGGCUUUCGCUUUCACUUCCUUGUCGGAGAGUCGGCAGAUCUCCGGGGCUGAACGGUCAUGGCGUUACUGGAUCUGUGCGGAGGUGCUCAGGGGCAGAGGCCCGAGUGGGCUGCCCUGGGAGCAGAAAGUGGGUAUCGCUCGGACCCGGGACACUACAGUUUCUCAGUGCGAGCUCCGGAGCUCGCACUUCCCCGGGGAAUGCAGCCUUCUGAAUUCCUGAGGUCCUUUGGUGGUGACCAAGGAAGGAAUGUUCAGAUUGAAAUGGCCCACGGCACCACCACGCUAGCCUUCAAGUUCCAGCAUGGAGUCAUCGUGGCAGUGGACUCCCGGGCCUCUGCAGGGAAUUACAUUGCCACCUUAAGAGUGAACAAGGUGAUCGAGAUUAACCCUUACCUGCUCGGUACCAUGUCUGGUUGUGCUGCUGACUGUCAGUACUGGGAGCGGCUGUUGGCUAAGGAAUGCAGGCUGUACUACCUGCGGAAUGGGGAACGCAUCUCCGUGUCUGCGGCCUCCAAGCUGCUCUCCAACAUGAUGCUCCAGUACCGGGGCAUGGGCCUCUCCAUGGGCAGCAUGAUCUGUGGCUGGGACAAGAAGGGACCAGGACUCUACUAUGUAGAUGAAAAUGGAAUUCGGCUCUCAGGACAGAUGUUCUCCACCGGCAGCGGGAACACCUAUGCCUAUGGGGUGAUGGACAGUGGCUACCGGCAGGAUCUCAGUCCUGAAGAGGCCUAUGACCUUGGCCGCAGGGCUAUCGUUCACGCCACCCACAGAGAUUCCUAUUCUGGAGGCGUUGUUAAUAUGUACCACAUGAAGGAAGACGGGUGGGUGAAAGUGGAAAGUUCCGAUGUCAGUGACCUGAUGCACAAGUACCGAGAGGCAAACCAGUGACGGCGGUGGCUGCUGGACAGGCGGGCGGCUCCUGGCAAGCUGGUGGACGCGGGAACCUGGGCCAACCUCAGUCCUGGAGAAAGAAGGGCCCAGCCUGGGCUGGAGACAGAAUGCUCUGAGUCCAUGGAGACGGACAGGUUCACCCUCGUCUCACUGAGCACUCCAUCCCCGGAUGCCUUCUAAGCACAAUAAAAGAAGA